AAAAAAGGAAAUUAGAGACGAUGUACCUGUUUUUCUCUCUGCACAGCAGAACAAAACACUGGAAUGACAUUCAAUGGAACAUAAACAGGAGAAGCAAAUGUAUCACUAGUUUGCCUGUUACAGCUUGCUGGAUCAGUAUGAACCUGCAAAGGUCAAGUUGUUUUGGAAUGCUUAGUACUUGAUUAGGAAGCCUAUCCUGAACAGUCUAAAAUAUCAUACUAACAUAAACAACCCAAAAACAAAAAUAGAAACGAUGUACCUGUUUUUCUCUCUGGACAGUAGAAACAGGCGAAGCAAAUGUAUCAGAAGCUUGAUUGUUACAGCUAGCUGAAUCAGCAUUAACCUGCAAAAGUCAAGUCGUUCUGAAAGGCUUAAUACGUCAUUAGGAAAGGUAUCUUGAAUAAUUUAGUUGAAAAAAUCAUACAAACCUUAACACACAACCGACAGGUUCCAUCAAAUGAUCUAUUCUUCCCAAUAAAGCUUCUGAGAUGGCGAGUGUUUGCAACGGAGAUGGGAGGGAAACCUUCAACAGUGCUUUUGAUGUCAAGCGACAUCCCAUAACUCAAACCAAUCACUUCCUCUUUAAAAUCUUCAGAGACAAUCUUCAUCAAAUCUUCAAAUUGAAGAUCUUCUUCUAUGGAAAUGAAAGAUGCAUUCCUCUUCAAAUCGACAUGAAACUCCCACUGGAAUGCAUCUUUUGACCUCCAUUGUCCACAGACGCAAAGAAUUUCCAUAGUGCUACAAAACAAAAUAAAUCAAAAAUUCUCACAUACCAAAGACUGAAACGAUUCCUUUGCAGCCAAAGUAAGCGAAAUCUCCAAUUCUAGCUGUUUUGAUACAACGAAAUAAUCUGAUUCCUUUGCAGCCAAAGUGAAUCUUAGCAGCAUUUCCUUUAAUACCUUUACGGCGGAUGGCGGCGGAUUCCUUUGAUUACCGCAGCAACGGAUCUGAGUGACGGCGGAGAUGAUGACGCCGACUCGCCGAGGAUGAACGACGCCGACGCUGGAGAAGUGGAGAUGAUGACGAAAGAAAUGAUCGACUCCGAUCCGAGAAGCCGCAGCAACGGAGCUGAGUGACGGCGGCGAUGAUUACGCCGACUCGCCGAGGAUGACCGACGCUGGAGAAGUGGAGAUGAUGACGGAAGAGAUGAUCGGUUCCGAUCCGAGAAGCCAUCGCCUCUUGAGAGAGAUGAAGAUCUCUAGUUUUCAGAAAAAAAAAUGUAAAUAGAAAAUAAAAGAAGAGUUAUUAUGAUAAAUGAACCUUUUAAUGAAACUAGUUUUGUGAUUUUGGGUUUUGAAUGCUAUUUUGGAGACAGAAACUUAGAUUGGUGUCAUUUUGAGCAUUUUAUCUUUAGCAAAUAAACAGAAAAGUGGGGCCCCAAGAUUUAUUAUGUGAGAGGGGCCCAAGGUGGUUGUCUUUUUGUUAAUAAGGUGGGAACAGCCCUGGUGAUGAUCACUGAAGCAAAUUCCCCAGUCAAGAGACAGAAACGGCGAAGGAAAUUUCAAAAGAACGAAAUUUUUCUUGUUACGUCUUUCUUAAGGCAGAAACGUGGGAUAUAGGAAUGGACUUGUACACAGCUAACAUUCAUUUAGACCAAAAAUACAUUAUUGACCAGUUCAGUGUUAUCUCAGUCUUCGCCAAAAAGACAAUUGAACAAUAAAUGGUAGCCUCCUCUGAAUCAAAGCACUCACCACACACACAAGAAAAAGAGAGAAAAAUGAAUUCUUUUAAUAGCUUUUUGCUGCUCUUGAUAACAUCAGCCUAUUGCAUUUUUGAAUCAGUUCAAGCUCAAGAUCAAUCAGAAUUUAUCAGCUUGGAUUGUGGGCUGGUCCCUAAAGACACAAUCUAUAGGGAAAAGUCGACGAAUAUAGUAUACAAAUCAGAUGCAAAUUACAUCGAAAGUGGAGUGGCUAGGCAGGUCAAUGCCGCAUACAUGACGUUGUCUCAGCGUCAGCGAAAGAUUUGGUCCUUAAGAAGCUUCCCUGAGGGUACAAGAAACUGUUACAACUUCAACCUCACAGCUAAACGCAGAUAUCUGAUCAGAGCAGACUUUGUUUAUGGGAACUAUGACGAUCGAAAUAAACUCCCAAGCUUUGAUCUUCACGUUGGUCCUAACAAAUGGACUUCUGUUUCAGUUCCUGGACUCAAAAAUAGUUCAUACCAUGAGAUGAUCCAUGUCUUAACACAAGACCCUCUCCAAGUUUGUCUUGUUAAGACAGGAGAAACGACACCGUUUAUUUCUUCCUUGCAACUUCGUCCGUUGCACAAUGAAACUUACGGCACGAAAAGUGGCUCGCUGGUCACGAUCUCAAGAGUUUACUUUUCACCCACUACACUGGUCGUCAGGUAUGCUGAUGACAUCCACGACCGAGGCUGGUCAUCAUACUUAGACAGCCAAAUGAAGUCAAUAAGCACAGACCUUUUUGUUAAUACAAGUAACUUCUACGAUGUGCCACAAGCUGUGGCAAGAAAUGCUGCUGUACCUGCAAAUGAGAGCCAGCCUCUGACAAUAAAUUGGAGCCUCAACGAGAUCACUACACAGAUAUACGUAUACAUGCAUUUCGCAGAAAUCCAGAAUCUUGAAGCUAAAGGGACCAGAGAAUUCAACAUAUAUUGUAAUGGUAACGAACAUUGGUUAUCAUAUUUUAGGCCUCCAAAGUUCACAAUAAAAACGAUCGCUAAUUCAAGGGCUAUAAGUUCUCCCGAUGGGAAAUUCAAUCUCACUUUGGCCAUGACCGGUAACUCAACUCUUCCUCCUCUUAUCAACGGCCUAGAGUUAUAUAAAGUUUUAAGCCUUCUACAGCUCGACACAGACCAAGAUGAAGUUUCUGCCAUGGUGAACAUCAAGAGAAGUUAUGGGUUGGAGAAAAAGGUUAGCUGGCAAGGAGAUCCAUGUGCUCCGCAGAUUUAUCUGUGGGAAGGUCUAAACUGCAGUUAUCCAGACUCCAAGCCACCGCGGAUCAUAUCUUUGAAUCUGAGAGGGAACAAGUUGACUGGUAGUAUAACACCGGAACUUUCCAAGCUAACACAGUUGAUAGAGUUAGACUUAUCAAUGAACGAUUUAUCAGGAGAUAUUCCAGAUUUUUUUGCUGAUAUGAAGUCCUUGAAACUCAUAAAAUUAAGUGGAAAUCCAAAUCUCAAUGGAAAAAUUCCUGACUCUCUUAAGAAAAGGUUAAAGAGCCAUUCUAUAACACUAAUUUUGAGUGAAAGAAAAAAGGUUCCAGUGGUUGCUAUAGUGUUUGGAGUGUCUGCUCUGCUAGUCAUCUUGGCCAUAUUUUUCGUCUUCCUCCGAUGGAAAAGAAUUAAAAGGAAGACAAGAUCAUUCAGUUCAUCAAUCACAAGAAAGGACCUCAGAAUCACGUUUCCCAAGAUCCUGGAGAUGACUAAUAAUUUCGAGAGAGUUCUUGGAAAAGGAGGCUUUGGAACAGUGUAUCAUGGAAAGUUGGAUGACACUCAAGUAGCUGUGAAAAUGCUCUCUUCCUCAUCAGCUCAAGGUUAUAAAGAAUUCAAAGCAGAGGUCGAGCUUCUUUUAAGAGUUCACCAUAAACAUUUGGUGGGACUUGUGGGUUAUUGUGAUGAUGGAGAUAACUUGGCUUUGAUCUAUGAAUACAUGGCUAAAGGAGACCUGCAUGAGAAUAUGUCAGGAAAACACAGUGGCAAUGUCCUAAGCUGGGAAACUAGAAUGCAAAUAGCUGUAGAGGCAGGACAAGGAUUGGAGUAUCUACACAAUGGAUGUGAGCCUCCCAUGGUCCAUAGAGAUGUGAAAUCUACCAAUAUCUUAUUGAAUGAGCGGUAUGUAGCAAAGUUAGCUGACUUUGGGCUCUCAAGAUCUUUCCCAAUAGACGGUGAAGGCCAUGUAUCGACUGCGGUUGCGGGCACACCUGGAUACCUAGAUCCAGAGUGA